UCAUGUUUUGCCCAUUUUCCUACUCCCCCCAGGCCCGGAGCUAUAAAACCCCCUCACAAACCGAAACCUAGUCUCCGUUUCUAACUUUCUCACACCCGCCGCCUCAGACGUUGAAGCCUAAGGUGAUGGCUCCUAAACAGCCAAAUACUGGCCUCUUUGUGGGCUUGAAUAAGGGUCAUAUUGUGACCAAGAAAGAAUUGGCUCCACGUCCCUCAGAUCGGAAAGGAAAAACAAGUAAAAGAGUCCACUUUGUGAGGAGCUUGAUCAGGGAAGUUGCUGGAUUUGCACCAUAUGAGAAGAGGAUCACUGAGCUACUUAAAGUUGGAAAGGACAAGCGUGCGCUGAAAGUUGCUAAAAGAAAGCUUGGCACUCAUAAGAGGGCAAAGAAGAAGCGUGAGGAAAUGUCUGGUGUUCUCCGCAAGAUGAGGUCUGGUGGAGCUGGAGAAAAGAAGAAGUGAUCUCAUAACCCCAUGCAAUAUUUUCAUUCCGACACAGUUUUGAGUAUUUUUGUUAUCGAAGUUUAAUCAAGACAUGGAACUUUGAAGCACUUUAUGGGAGUAUAUUAUUUUUCUAGAAUUCAGGUGUGACUGACCUUUUGCUUGGACAUAGCGAUCGAGUAAUGGUUUUUAAGGUUAUCUUUAAUGCAUGUAUGCCUUGAUGGCUUAUGCUAAAGAAUGCCCUUACAAUAUUCAUAUAUGAUCCUCGCCUUCUUGCAAGUUCUUAAUCA